AUGCUUAUCGAUGGCGAGAAGUGGGCUUGUGAAGCUUGCGUCCGGGGUCACCGCGUCAGCAGCUGUCACCACAGUGACCGCCCUUUGACCCAUAUCAACAAAAAAGGCCGACCAGUCUCUCAAUGCACUCACUGUCGCGGCCUACGCAAGUCACGGACAACCCACGUAAAGUGCGAGUGUGGUGACAAGAAGAAGCACUGUCAUAAAAAUGACUCGGACCCCCACCACCUCGUUGACAAGUGGGAUCACAAGCAGGAUUCCCGCCAGCGUUGCGCCUGCGCUCAUGGACAGCGCUGUAUCUGUGCGCUGAAAAAGGAACACCAUCUAGAUUCCGUCCCGGAGACUGGUCUCCCUCCGUCCCAGCCUGCGGUGCUGGCUGAGCCCCCCAAGAAACCUCAGUUGACAUCCACCAAGUCGGAGAGUACGCUCACCGUCUUCCGAGACGGCCACCACAAGCCUGCCCACAAGCAUAAUGACAUGGCUCACAAGUGUGGUAUGCCUUACACCAUUCCUCGAUCGCAUACCAUCCAUUCGACGUCCGAUGUGACCCGCCGAUCAGUGGAUCAUCUACCCUUGGCGCAACCAUCUUUCCUGGAGCUGCUUCCCCCUCCACCUCCACCACGUCCAGAGCAACAUGACAAUGGGCCGCAGCGUCUUACGAAAUCCGAGAAUGGCUCCCCUGAGAGUGUCCCUGUCACAAAUGCGGAGGAUAACACGAACUCUGUAACUCCGCUCGAACUCCCGCCCUUUUUCCCUCCAUCUCAACCGUUGGACAACUCGAACGACCAGACCCCUGAACAUGUGCCUGUAACGACUGCUCUGGGGAAGACUCCUCUAAAUCAGAUCGUCACCAAUGUUCCGCCUCUCGAUGUUUCUUCCUAUUCGUCUUUUCCUGCUACGACGACCUCGCCGGCUACCUGCAUGGGUUUCCAAGAUACAUACCAAGACUCUUACUUUGCGUCCCCUGACAACGACACACCUCUGGGAUCUGGUGCGUUCAGUGCUCCACCGGUUGAUUGGUCAAGUUUCCCUCUGUAUUCUUCGGAUGUGCCUCCUACAACCAGCACCCAGACUCCCUCCUACGCCAGCUUUGACUACAACUCGAUGGGGCCUAGUCUGCCUGCUCCAUCCUCGUCGGGCGAUAUCUCGGAGGUUGAUGAUUUCGGACCUCUUCCCGGUCUAGGACACAGUGGCAGCGAUCUGCAUGAUCUGCACAGCGUGAGCGAAGGAUCAGAUAUGGACAACUUCCGCAUCAGCUCGGCCUCUUCGUUUAUUAGCCUGCCCCAAGCCCAGCUGUUGGCGUCGAACAAUCUGGAGUCGAUGAACAUUGACGAUUUCCUCAAAUCGGCCAACGAGUCGACGGCGGCCUUGGAACACCAACUGCAGGGCAACAUAGAGCCUCCCAAAUCCUUGCCGGCUCAAGAUUCCUAUGGGAUAUCGCAGCCACCGGAGUUUAAGACACCCAACCCACCCAGCAGCCUACCGAUGACGACAUCCCCGUCGGAUCCCAUCUGGCCCGCGGCUCUUUUUGAUUCGGGGGCCAACAUGGAUGAGAAUAUCUUUCCGUCGUGGGCACAGUGA